AUGUGGCCAAGCCCAAAUGGUACACUACGAAAUGUUCUCGGCGGAACUGUUUUUCGUGAACCAAUUUUAUGUAAGAAUGUACCAAGACUCGUUCCUGGCUGGAAAGAAUCCAUUAUCAUUGGACGGCACGCAUUUGGUGAUCAGUAUAAAGCGAGGGAUUUUACUGUGAAGAAGGGUACGAAAUUUCAACUCUGUGAAAUUAUUGACGGAAACGAUAAGCGGUACGAUGUGUUCACAUUCGCCAAAAGUGGUGGUGUUAUAUUGGGAAUGUAUAACACUGAUGAGAGUAUUACUGAUUUUGCACACUCCUGCUUCCAAUAUGCUUUAUCGAAGAAACGUCCAAUUUAUCUCAGUACGAAGAACACAAUAUUGAAAAGAUAUGACGGCCGUUUCAAAGACAUUUUUAAGGAUGUUUAUCUUAAGAAUUACGAAAAUGAUUUCAAGAAACUGAAUAUUUGGUAUGAACAUCGACUGAUCGAUGAUAUGGUCGCUCAGGUGCUGAAAAGCGCUGGUGGCUUUGUAUGGGCAUGUAAGAAUUAUGAUGGUGACGUACAAUCGGAUAUUAUUGCCCAAGGUUUUGGAUCGCUAGGCUUGAUGACCUCAGUGUUGAUGUGCCCAGAUGGUAAAACAAUAGAAACAGAAGCAGCACAUGGUACGGUAACACGGCAUUAUCGUGAGCACCAAAAAGGUAAGCCGACAUCAACGAAUCCAGUUGCAUCCAUAUUUGCUUGGUCAAGAGGACUGGAUCAUCGUGGUAAGCUGGAUAACAAUGCUGAACUUCGGAAGUUUGCACAGAUGCUAGAAAAGGCAUGCAUUACAACAAUUGAAGAAGGAAAGAUGACAAAAGAUUUGGCAGUUUGUAUACAUGGAACGCAGAAUGCAACACAAGCCAUUUAUCUGAAUACGCAGGAUUUCCUGCAUGCUGUUGACAGCAAACUGCAGUCUCUAAUGAAAUAA